AUGGCUUCGGCACUCAAAGACAAGGACGAAAUGGAGUCGGCAAUCUCAAAGCUCGCCAUUGACUCGGCAAAAGCGACGGCAUCCAAAGGCAAAGGCAAGGCCAAGAAGCAGCCCGUGGCGGACUCGUGGGAAGACGAGGACGUGUCCGACGAGGAAGACACAGACAAGGACGCGGAAGCGGAAGCAGGCACAUCAACACCAUCGUCACUCGCCACGCCCGCCGUCCCGCCGCCAACGCCCGCCUCGCCGCUAGGCUACGACUCGCCUCGCGAAUGGGCGUCUCUCGGCAGCCAGAGCCAAAGCCAGAAUCAAAGUCAAAGUCAAAGCCAGAGUCAAAGCCAGAGUCAAAGUCAGAGCCCGAUGGCGACGUCGGCGUCGGGCAGCGGAGCCGGGACGCCCGCCAAGAGGCCGGAGAAGACGGACGCCGUGGCCAGGCGCAUGAUUGCGGCGGGCCUGGGGCUCAAGGCGCCGCGGCAGACGGAGGAGCAGCGGGCGUACCAGCGGUCGGUGCGGGAGCAGGAGAAGAAGCGGCGGGAUGCGGAGAGGGCCGAGGAGGAGAGGCAGCGGGAGUUGGCGGACAAGGCGAAGGCGGCCGUGUGGGAUGAUUGA